GGAGCCUCUCACUGCCGCCUCCAAGAUCUGGGCGUUGAAGCACGGGCGGGAUGAACUGUAGCGAGGAAUAGCGCCAGUGCCGCGCCAUGGCUCGCCAACUACCGGCCUUAGAGAUAAUCGGCGUGGGAACUGUCUACUGGGUAUUUGGAUGGAUUGCGGCUGCAGUAUCGGUCUGACCAUCGUCCCCUCUCAACAUCCGCCAUGUCCAUCUCCAAAAUUCACGCUCGCCAGAUCUUCGACUCCCGUGGUAACCCCACCGUUGAGGUUGACCUCUACACCUCGAAGGGACGCUUCCGCGGUUCGGUCCCAUCGGGUGCUUCGACCGGUGUUCACGAGGCUGUUGAGCUCCGUGACGGCGACAAGAGCGCGUACGUCGGCAAGGGCGUCUCUAAGGCCGUUUCCAACGUGAACGACAUCAUUGCCCCGGCGCUCAUCAAGUCCGGUCUUUCCGUUCUACAGCAGAAGGAGAUCGACGACUUUCUGAUUAAACUCGACGGCACCCCCAAUAAGGGCAAGCUCGGCGCGAACGCCAUCCUUGGCGUCUCAAUCGUCGUUGCUGAGGCCGCCGCCGCCGAGAAGGGUGUCCCGCUGUACCAGCACCUCGCCGAUCUUGCGGGCGUCAAGCCGCCGUUCACCCUCCCGACCCCUGCUUUCAAUGUCAUCAACGGUGGAAGCCACGCCGGCAACAAGCUCGCCUUCCAGGAGUUCAUGCUUCUCCCCACCGGUGCCAGCAGCUUCACUGAGGCAAUGAAGAUUGGCACUGAGACCUACCACACCCUCAAGAAGGUCAUUACUGCAAAGUACGGCAUUGAUGCUGCCAACGUUGGUGACGAGGGUGGAUUCGCUCCCAACGUCAGCGGUGCUGAGGAGUCCCUUGAGCUUCUCUCUGAGGCCAUCAAGAAGGCUGGCUACGAGGGCAAAAUCAAGAUCGCUCUCGACGUCGCCUCGUCCGAGUUCUACAAGGACGGCAAGUACGACCUCGACUUCAAGAACCCCAACUCGGAUGCUAGCAAGUGGAUCACCGGCAAGGAGCUCGCCAACCUCUACCUCAGCUACAUCGAGAAGUACCCGAUCGUCUCGAUCGAGGACCCCUUCGACCAGGAUGAUUGGGAGGCGUGGUCGCACUUCACCGCCAACUCGAGCAUUCAGAUCGUCGGCGACGAUUUGACCGUCACCAACGUGCUCCGCAUUAAGACCGCCAUCGAGAAGAAGGCGUGCAAUGGUCUGCUGCUCAAGAUCAACCAGAUCGGCACGAUCUCCGAGUCGAUCCAGGCUGCACAGCUCGCGCAGAGCGACGGCUGGGGUGUCAUGGUCUCUCACCGCUCUGGUGAGACCGAGAACACCGUCAUCGCUGACCUCGUCGUCGCUCUUGGUGUCGGCCAGAUCAAGACCGGCGCCCCCGCCCGCAGCGAGCGCGUCGCCAAGUACAACGCGCUCCUACGCAUUGAGGAGGAGCUUGGCAGCUCUGCCAAGUACGCCGGCGAGUCUGGCUUUUCCGCUGGUCUCACCCCUCCUGCUAUCCUCAAGAAAUAAGUCCUCGGAAUGGACGAACGAAGAAGGAACGGAGAAGUCGAUCAAAACCUAUAGACUGUGCUUUUACAAUGUAGCUCGUGUUCGCUGUAUCCAUUCAAAUGUGCCAACGAUGUCUGCGCCGGAUGUGGAUUUCCGAGGGUGGCAGUGCCUUUUGGCAGGUGCGAGUCUGUGCGACAGCGAGAAAUCUCUGCGAACUUGCUCAGUUAUCACAUGCCGGCCAUGGCGUUACCGGUGUUUGUCAUUGAGCAUGCAACAUGCACCUCGUCAGACGCCUCUGCUCAGGACCGGACUUGUUCAUUACAACGACCAACGUUCGAUAUCAUAAACCCAUCGUUGCGCCCGGGAUACGCCUCUUCUCCCGCACCCCCACCGUCAACAUGAUUAAAACACCCCUCACUGAACUGCUCAACAUACAGGUUCCUGUAGUGCAGGGAGGAAUGCAAUGGGUCGGCGUACCGCGGCUCGCUGCAGCAGUAUCCGAAGCAGGAGGCCUCGGCAUACUCACGGCAUUGACCCAACCCAGCCCCGAAGCUUUGCGCACGGCCAUUCGUGAAACGCGCAAGAUGACGUCCAAACCCUUUGGGGUGAAUAUCACACUGCUUCCGACGAUCAACCCGCCAGAUUAUGCUGGGUACGCGAAGGCGGCGGUUGAAGAAGGUGUCAAGAUAUUUGAGACAGCAGGGAACAACCCCAAGCAGCUCAUCUCCUACCUCAAAGGUCAAGGUUGCAUCAUUCUACACAAGUGCACGACGAUACGACACGCUAAGGCGAGAUCACCAUUCUGAAAUCAGAUGUAUCCGCAAUUCUGAAAGUCGUAUAGUCUGCGCAGCGUAUGGGCGUGGACGUGAUCAGCAUGGAUGGAUUUGAAUGUGCCGGUCAUCCGGGAGAAGAGGAUAUCGGAGGUUUAGUCUUGCUUGCUCGGUCGGCCAACGAGUUGGAAAUUCCGUACAUCGCGUCCGGUGGCUUCGCGGACGGGCGGGGUCUAGCAGCUGCUCUGGCGCUUGGUGCCGCAGGUGUUAACAUGGGGACGCGCUUUAUGUGCACAGUCGAAUCACCGAUCCACGACAAUAUCAAGCAGACGAUCGUUCGCGCCACCGAACAGGACACGAUCCACAUCUUCCGGACAUUGCACAACACCGCUCGAGUGUUCAAGAACAAAGUCGCGCUGGAGGUCGUCAGGAUAGAGAACGAAGGGCGCAAGAAGGAAGGCGGAGCAAAAUUCGAGGAAGUCCGGGACCUCGUCAGCGGGGCGAGAGGUCGUAUGGUCUACGAGAAGGGCGAUCCCGACCUCGGCAUCUGGAGCGCGGGUGUCGUCGUUGGGCUGAUCAAGGAUGUACCCACCUGCAAGGAUUUAUUGGCCAGGAUCGAAUCGGACGCGGAGCGUGUAAUCGACGGACUGGCUCGGUUGAAGAGCGGUCCCUCACAGGAGAAAGCGAAAUUAUAGGCUGGGGGCGAAAAUGCAUUGGGUUAUCGACAUACGACUAGGGACAAUCUAUGUACAAGUACUUCUGAACCACGGGUAUUACGCAUAUCUACAAUAGUACAAGGUGAACAACAACAACGCAGCGCAAUGGAGUCGUCAGCGAGAGUUCCGGCAUCGUGAUCGUUCGUAAUCCAUAAUACACGCAGAUCAUGCUUUCGGGCAGGAUGAAAAGAAAAGGGGUAAAACUCGGCGGACGCUCAUACCGCGGUCUUGAACCUAGGUCCUAGCACCUCCACAAGCGCGUCUUCGUGCGUCGCCGUGAAGCGAUGGCAAUUGACCACCCUCACUUCCUCGAGCAUAGAUACUUCACGAGCCCCGGAUGAGCAACCUAAGAUAAAAUCGUCUCUGGCGCGAAGGGCGGCGACGAUAGCUUCGCCAGAGAGGCGUUGGCAGCCUGAGAGAUCGAGGGUGGAUAAGUUGGGUAGUCGAAGGCGGAUUGGACCUCUGCUCGCGCUCGAAGGAGUGUCGACGCCCAUGCCAUCGAGAGGCUCGUCGUCCAUAUCGUCGUCGUCGACAUCGUCAUCUAUGCCCUCUUGAAGAAGCUCAGGCGCGACAUAUCGGGGUCGACAAGGCCGGAGCAGAUCGAUGACCUUGUCUGACAUGUCGGACGCGACGAUCCGGAACAUGCGGAGGGAGUGCAGGCGGUCAAAGCACCACUCGAAGUCUUUGGUACGCAUGUCCGCAUAGUCCAUCUGUAGCACUUCAAGCGGGGGAUUGCAUCGCUGUAUGAGGUUACGAAGGCCCAUGCCCGUCGCGUGGUCGCUCCACGGAGACUGGGAAAAGUCGUGUGCCUCGUCGUCGCUGUCACCGUCUUCACCGAGGUUGUUCACGUGCUGCAGUUCAAUUUCGACAUUAAGGUGUUCCAGCUCGAGCUCGACGAGGUUGGGACAGUCGAUAUGAGACAGGAGGGCGCGGGUAGAACAGGUAUUCCUAAUGAAGAGCAACUGCAGCCGCGGAAGGAAGGCUACUGGCAUAGGGUCCGGACUGUCAUCUGGUAGCGGUUCGUGCGUCCAACCGAUGAAGCUAAAUUCCUCCAAUUCGGGCAAAGCUUGGAGGAAUUGCAAGACAUUGCGCGGGGAGAUCGGAACUCCGAUCUGGGUGUCACUGAUGUCGAGCGUCGUGAAGCGCAUGGGAGUGAGCAAGUUGACAUCGGGAAGGAUGGAGACGGCGAGCGACAUGGAGAGGUGGUUAUCCUGCGAAUAGGAGAUGAAUUGUGGGAAUGCGUGUGCGGGCGCAGGUGUGUCGUCCUCCCAAGCGAGUUCCCCUAGUGAGUGUAUCGACAUCUCGAGGCGUUCUAAACCUGCGAUGGGUGCCCUCUUCAUGAACGGCACACGCAAGUCGCGCCGCGAUAUGGUGCAACUCCGCCAUCUGUCGACUUGCUGCAGGCAGCACGAAAGGAACGGAAGGAUGUUAUCCAUGUUCUCGAGGGUGAUGUCCACGUCGAAGGGCAACGGAUGGGAUCGCGUGAUCCAGGUUUCGGUCUGGGCACGGAGAGCGGGCAGGGGGUGGGCAC